AUGGUCGAAAAACCGGGGAGCACUGGAAAAGGCAGGAGGCUUCGUUCCAAUUCUAGUAGCAAUGGGUCUAGCAGCGAUGAUAUUGUAUCUGACUCGAUUAACAUCACUGAAAAGGAACAAAAACCCGUGGUUAGGAACAAGUACACUCAUGUUCUUGUUCUUAAAUCGCUAAAUAAUACUUUCGAAACCAAGUUUCUCGUGAUACCUUUCAAGCCGAACGGCCUAAAACUAGGACGACCUGUGAUAGGAGCACAAAAUUCUGGAGGAAAUAAUGGUGUCGGUGGGAAAGGUGAUCCUCAAGUGAAAGCUGAUAAUGGAAACUUUGACUCGCGAGUACUUUCAAGGAACCAUGCAUCGCUUUCCUGUGAUGCUAAGACCGGUAAAAUAUGCAUUCAUGACUUGAAAUCUUCGAAUGGUACUUUCGUGAACGGAACAAGAAUAGGUCAAACAGACGUUGAGAUUAAGGUUGGUGAUGUAAUAGAUUUAGGUGCAGAUAUAGAUACAAAGUUGGAGCACCGCAAAAUUAGUGCCCUAGUGGAAGAUAUAUCAGUUAUACCUUUGAUUAGCGAAAAUCAAAAGUUGUUGAGUUCUGGGAAACGUGACGUAAGUAAGUCAAGACCUAUUGAUUGUUCAUCAGAUGACUCACUGGUCACCAUCACGACAGCACAAAAAGCUGCAUUCGAAGCUGCUAUGUUUGGUGAUGUCAACAAUCUUGACUUGGAAGAUGCAGUAUUGGGUUCAGAAACUGAGAUCCUAAGUGGUAUCUUCAUAAACAACUCGAUUGGUACAAGUCCUAACUUAAUUAAUAUUAUUAAAACACUUGUAACAGAUUUAACACUUGAAAAAUUAGAGUAUGAAAAGCUCAAGUCAAUUGACAACUUCAUGGUGAACUAUACCAAUAAACUUGACUACUUAUCAAAAGUCAGGAUAGAACAAGCUGACUCUCAAUUAAUAAAAUUGCAAAAAACAAUUAAGCAAAAGCUUUCAAAUCAAAGGAGCGAAUUUGAAAAGACCCAUAAUGAGGAAGUAAAAGCUCUGGUAACGGAAAACAGCAACUUGAAGACGCGUAUGAAUGAAAUACUUGAAAUGAAAGAUAACGAAAUAAAACAGCUUAAGAAUGAAAUUGAAGAACUCAAAACUCGCUUAGAAGUGGAGGUGUUUAAGAAUACCCAACUUCUUCAUCCCAAGUCGAAACCUGGAAAGGUGAAAUCCAAGGGAAUGGAAAAAUCGAAGAAUUUAGCUGAGAGAAAAGAUGAAGAUUAUGACGACAUAGAUUCUGAAUCGGACAUAACUAUUAAACAAAAUGAUCCAGUGCAACUCAAAAGAGCUAAUUCUGGAAAGAAGUCAAUUCAGAGCAAAACGAACUUGGUUCUAUUGAGUUCUAUAUCAGCUGGUGCACUAGCAGCCAUUAUAAAAUAUGCAGCAAAGUAA